UGUUAAUUGCUGUAGUGUUAGAGUGUGUCUUCCUAAGAAGACGAAGGAAAGAGAGUCUGAGUGUGACUGCGUGAGGGGUUUGUUUGUGCUUUUCUUCCUCCAAGCCUUUCAUGGAGUUCGCCGCACUCUCUGGCGCUGCCCAGCUUGGGAGCUUCAACCCUCUUAGAACUAACCUGCAAAGUCCUAUACAACACAAUCCUCUUCCAUUUUGCUAUGCUUCUUUCCCUUCUUCCUUUCGCAGAGUUUGCUCCCUCAAAGCCAUCCUCAGCACCCACACACCCACCUCCACCAACAAAAUGUUUGGACCCCAUUCAGAUGAUGAUUUGGAAUUCUCUGCUUUGACGGCGUUGUCCCCAUUGGAUGGUCGUUAUUGGGGCAAAGUCAAAGAACUGUCUCCUUAUUUGAGUGAAUCUGCCUUAAUCUAUUUUCGGGUUCUUGUUGAGAUAAAAUGGUUGCUGCAGCUGUCUAUGAUUCCUGAAAUUGUUGAGGUUCCCAGUUUCAGUGAGAGUGCUAAGACUUUCUUACAAAGCCUGAUUGAUGACUUUAGUCUUGAAGAUGCCUUGGAGGUUAAAAACAUUGAGAGGGUCACAAAUCAUGAUGUCAAAGCGGUGGAGUACUUCUUGAAACAGAAAUGUCAAUCCAAUGCUGAAGUGGCUAAGGUGCUUGAGUUUUUCCAUUUUGCAUGCACAUCUGAGGAUAUAAAUAACCUUGCCCAUGGCUUGAUGCUGAAGGAAACAAUGAAUUCUGUAAUGUUUCCUGUCAUGGAUAAAAUAAUCAAAGCUUUGUGUGACAUGGCUAAAGAUAAUGCACAUGUUCCAAUGCUUUCUAGGACUCAUGGACAGCCAGCUUCACCAACUACUUUGGGCAAGGAACUGGCUAUCUUUGCUGUAAGAUUAAGCCGAGAAAGGAAGGAUUUGUCUCAUAUUGAGAUAUUGGGGAAAUUUGCUGGUGCAGUUGGAAAUUACAAUGCACAUGUUGUUGCAUAUCCCAAUGUUAACUGGCCUCAGGUUGCAGAACAGUUUGUACAUUCUCUGGGAUUAAGUUUUAAUCCUUACGUCGCUCAGAUUGAAACCCAUGACUACAUGGCAAAGCUUUUUCAUUCGCUCAUCCAGUUCAAUAAUAUAUUAAUUGACUUUGAUAGAGAUGUAUGGGGUUAUAUAUCUUUGAGCUACUUUAAGCAGAUCACUAAGGCUGGGGAAAUUGGGUCAUCAACCAUGCCUCACAAAGUUAAUCCUAUUGACUUUGAGAACAGUGAAGGCAAUCUAGGCGUAGCUAAUGGAGUUCUUUCUCAUCUAAGCAUGAAGUUGCCGAUUUCACGUUGGCAGAGGGACUUGACUGAUUCAACUGUUAUAAGGAACAUGCCUGUAGGUAUCGGUCAUUCUCUUCUUGCCUACAAAAGCACACUUCAAGGAAUAGGGAAGCUCCAGGUUAAUGAAGCUCGCUUGGGUGAAGACUUGAACCAGUGCUGGGAGGUGCUUGCUGAACCAAUACAGACGGUCAUGCGAAGAUAUGGUGUUCCCGAGCCUUAUGAGAAGCUAAAAGAGCUAACCAGAGGGAAAGCCGUUAACAAAGAGAGCAUAAGAGUCUUCAUUGAAGGCUUGGAUAUUCCAGAAGAAGCAAAGACGAAUCUGUUGAAGUUAACACCUGAUACUUAUGUUGGAGCAGCUGUUGAAUUGGCCAGAACAGUAGAAAAUGUGGUAAACAUUGUGAUUGGAUCGAAUAUUCAGUAAACAAGUGAUCCAAGCAGUUUUCUAGAUAUGUCAAUUAGUUAAUGAGACUCUUGGGAAGACAAUUUUGCAUCAUCGCCAUCCAUUCACCAUAUGGUUAUUAUUAGUGAUAUAUGAACUCUAAAAUAAGAUGUUCCAUUUGAAAAAAAGAGAGAAAGGACAUGAUGUGAGACUUGAGAUAAAUGUCAGAAAAUAAUUAGCAGUGAAUUGUUUGACAAUUAUAUUAUUGGAGAGGUAAAUUAAAGUAAAUGAUUUCUUUCUUGAUUGGUA